AUGGCGUCCAGCGUACGUACGUUCUUCUUCUCGCGCGGGUUACUCGCUGCGUGUUUCUUUGUCAUGCUCUUGUCUGCAGCGAUCGACCAGUAUCCAGGCGAAACCGAGCCGCGACCCCUUGAGUAUGACUACGACCUCCACUCGAGGGAGCAGGAAAGUCGAUACAACGAGACAAGAUCAUUGAUCCGCGACACGGAGCUCUUCGACGCGCCCAUCCUGGAGCACUUGUUCAUCAACCAAUCACUGAGUGCCGAAGACUUGGUCGUGGGUCCAGAUGAUCGGGCUUACGUCGGGUUGGCUGAUGGACGUCUCGCGAGCUUUCAAGUCCAAGCCACGGAACUGCGGAAUUUCUCCCGGACGGGCCAAGACGUUGCUGGGUGUGGAGCUCUGGACAUGGAACCAACGUGCGGACGACCGCUGGGACUUGCGUUUGCGGCAGCGCGCCCAUUUGCCAAGUUUAUCAAUCGGAUCCCAGCUGCCAGGUUGUUUCCAGGAGACCAGGUGCUGCUUGUGGCAGACGCGUAUAAGGGCGUGCUCCUCUUUGACGCCAAUGGUCAACGCACGCUGCUGUUUAGUCGAGUGGGGGAACAACACGUGAACUUCCUCAAUGGACUGGCAGUGGUGCAGGAAACGGGGGAGAUUUACGUGACGGAAUCGUCGCGUCGCUUUCAGCGCAAUCAAGUGGUUGUGGACUUUCUCGAACGUCGACCGACGGGGUAUUUGCUCCGGUUUGAUCCACGGGACGAGAGUGUGCAGGUGGAAGCGAGCGACUUGGGCUUCCCGAAUGGUUUGACGCUUGAUAAAGACGGCACGGGGUUAUUGAUUGCACUCAUGUUUCAGAACAAGAUCGUGCGCUUUGACCGCACGACGAAGCAGAUGAAGGACUUUGCAUUCCUGCCGGGGGAACCGGACAAUGUCUCGAUUGAGAAAGUCGGGGCGGGCGAAACCGAGACGUCCGUGUUGAUGGUAGGCCUUGUGUCGCGAAACGAUGGAGGAGCCUUUGAUUACGUCAAGCAGAGCGUCAAAACGCGCAAGAUGCUGUCGGUCCUGCCAACGUGGGCGACGGUGCUUUUCAUCCAGCGUCUUGGUGUGUUUGUAUCCUUGGACUUGGAGACGGGGGAGAUUCGACACGUGUAUGAGGCUUCGCGAGGACAGACCCCGAUUGUAUCGGGUGCUAAGCGUUUCGGUGACCAUAUCUACCUAACGAGCUGGUCUCGUUCUUCGCUCACGCGUAUCCCAGCAGCGAUGGUGCAGUAA